AACUCCACAGUAUUGAGUGUAUUGACAUUUCUCUCCCUUCUUCUGCCACCAAACGCAGUAAAAAAGACUUUCUCUUUCUCCCUCAAUUUAGUUUAUUCCUAUCAUCUCCAUCUCUGCCUUUAUUCUAUACAAAUGCAGCCCGAAUCUUAAGUAUUUGAAGAAAUAAUGGGUGGAAAAAGUUCAAAAAGGGCAACAUCGGGUCGGUAUACAACAUACGAGUCUAGUCCUUAUGGAUAUCCUCCCCAAUCGUACGCUCAAUCGAGCCAUUCUUAUACACAAACACCUCCACCUCCACCUCAAAGUUACGGUGGAUGGCCUCAAGAACCAAGAAGAAAUGUUGAGAAGAAAUUCUCCAGAAUAGAUGACAACUUCACCAGUUUGGACCAGGUUACAGAUGCUUUAUCACGAGCUGGCCUGGAGUCUUCAAAUCUAAUCGUGGGUAUCGAUUUCACUAAGAGCAAUGAGUGGACAGGUGCGAGGUCAUUUCAUCGAAAAUGCUUGCAUUACAUUGGAGACGGAGGAAUGAACCCAUAUGAACAGGCGAUCUCAAUUAUCGGACAAACAUUGUCUACUUUUGACGAGGAUAACUUGAUUCCAUGUUUUGGAUUUGGAGAUGCAUCUACACAUGACCAAGAGGUAUUCAGUUUCUACCCAGAUGAACGAAACUGUAAUGGGUUCGAAGAAGUUCUGACAAGAUACAAGGAGAUAGUCCCCCAACUUCGACUUGCAGGGCCUACGUCGUUUGCUCCAGUAAUCGAGAUGGCCAUGACUAUAGUCGAGCAAAGUGGCGGACAGUACCAUGUUUUACUUAUAAUAGCUGAUGGACAGGUGACUAGAAGCAUAGACACUGCGAAUGGUCAGCUAAGCCCACAGGAGAAGAAAACUGUAGAGGCGAUUGUGAAGGCAAGCGAGUAUCCUUUGUCAAUAAUCUUGGUUGGUGUUGGAGAUGGACCAUGGGAGAUGAUGAAGGAAUUUGAUGACAAUAUCCCUGCACGGGCUUUUGACAAUUUCCAGUUUGUGAAUUUUACUGAGAUCAUGUCGAAGAGCAUGGAGAGAUCGAGGAAAGAAGCUGCUUUUGCUCUUGCAGCAUUGAUGGAAAUUCCUUCUCAGUAUAGGGCAACACUUGAGCUUAGCUUAUUGGGUAUGAGUAGACCAGGAAAGGGCAUAGAGAGGAUUGCUUUGCCCCCUCCACAAUACAACGGUGGCAGUUAUCGCCCAUCAAAACCUUCAGAGUCUAGUAGCUUCCGUCCACCGACUACACCUUCCAAUGUACGCGAUACAGCUAAUACAGCUGAUAAUAACUCGAGCAGACCCAACACUUUUUCAAAUUUGGAGAACAACGUAUGUCCUAUCUGUCUUUCUGAUCCAAAGAACAUGGCUUUUGGAUGUGGGCAUCAGACUUGCUGUGACUGUGGACAAUUCCUUGAGUUAUGCCCCAUCUGUCGGAGCACGAUAGAAACUCGGAUACGUCUGUACUGAGACAUUGCCAACAUAUUCGGUGAAGGGUCGACCUGAUUUUCUCGUUUUCUUUUGCCUGUACAUAACAAUCCCUCCGCGUUUUGGUCAUUAUUCACAUUUCUUAUAUUGCUUUGA